AUGACGAGGCUCGCAUUCUUCUUCGUACUUUUCGUUUGUUUUUUCGUAGUUCACGCCGGGGAGGUGAACAUAUAUUGGAAUAUCACAUAUGCCACAGCGAAUCCGAAUGGACUGUUUGAGAGAAGGGUGAUUGGAGUCAACAACACCUGGCCUCCGCCCCCCAUCACCGUCCAGGCCGGAGACGUCAUUCGGAUGCAUGCAUAUAACGGAUUGGGUGAUAUACCUACAACCUUACACUUUCAUGGAAUGUUUUUCAAUCAGACCAACUUCUAUGACGGGGCGAUGGGCAUAACGCAAUGUGGCAUUCCCCCUGGAGAAGAGUUUAUAUACGUCGUUAACACUACUACACAGGUUGGGACCUAUUGGGUUCAUGCACAUUCAUUGGGGCAAUAUGUUGACGGACUCCGAGCCCCCGUGGUGAUAUUACCGGUCGAAAAGCCGACAUACACGGAUGAGUAUACCGUUGUAUUGUCUGAUUGGUACCAUACUAAACACUCGGACUUGAUGUUGACUUAUAUGAGCAAAAAUAAUCCGAUGGGUGCCGAGCCUGUCCCUGAUAGCGCCGCCAUAUACGCCAUACACAACAAUACUUAUCUUCCUAUGUUCAACGAAAAUGUCACUAUUCCGUUUUCGCCGGGAAGUACUUAUCGGAUAAGGAUCAUCAACAUGGGCGCCUUUGGCAUGUUUCAUUUCAAGAUUGACGGUCAUGAGAUGUCAGUCAUCGAGGUGGAUGGUACAGAUAUACAACCUUUAUCCGUGGACAGUUUGUCUUUGUCGGUCGCCCAGAGGUAUUCUGUCUUGGUCACAGCUCGUAAUGAAACAAAUUCGAAUUGGCAUAUGCAUGCGAAUUUCGAUCCGGAUAUGUUUGAUAAAGUUCCAGACAAUUUAAUGCUUAAUUACACGACUUCCAUCACAUAUGACUCCAAAGCCUCAAUGUCACCAGAUCAACCAUUCACAGUAUAUGAGAUGACAGACGACACGAGGUUCCAACCACUUAUCGUACAACCUAUUCUCAGGCCAACGCGACCGAUUGAACUGAACGCUUUCUUUGUCACUUUCGAAAACGGUAUGAACCGAGCCUCGUUCAAUAAUGUUACUUUUGUACCACCCCUGGUGCCAACCACUAUGACAGUGGAUUCUGCACCAUUUGAGGCUCUCACAAAUGUUGCUAUAUAUGGACCUCAGAGCAACAUAUAUUUGGUGGAGAAUUUUGACGUAGUGGAAUUGAAAGUUCUCAAUUGGGACUCUGGAAAUCAUCCUUUCCACCUCCACGGCCAUAAGUUUCAAAUAGUUGGAAAACAGAUGAACAUCAAUGAUCAGUCACUCAUAGAUGAAAAUCAACUCAAUCCAAUGAGGCGAGAUACUGUGCAAAUCCCCGGAGGCGGUUCAGUCACACUUCGCUUUAUAGCCGACUCUCCUGGUAGUUGGUUCUUUCAUUGUCACAUCGAAUGGCAUCUAGAGUCGGGGCUAGCAGCGAUAGUUCUGGUAGCACCAACAGUCAGUCAAUCAAACAUCCCAGUCCCAACAUUCAUGAAAGAUCAUUGCAAAAAACUUGGAAAACCAUACUCGGGUAAUGCUGGCGGUGUAUCGGGAUCAUCGAUCUACGAUCUUUCGAAUGCCCCACAUGGUCCCUAUCCCCAAAAUCCAGGCUUUCAUACCAAAGGAAUUCUUUCAAUUGCAGCGUGUAUUGCUUCUUCUUUGAUCGGUGUCAUCACAAUCAUCUGGUAUACAAUGGGUGAACAAUUCGAAGAGGAAGAUGUGAAAAUUGAACUAGAGGAGAAAAUAGCGAGCAAAGCGGCUAAACGUCAAAAACUAUUGAGCACUGGAAAUACAUUGAUGAGGAUCGUAGGAUCUUCGAACUCACGUCGAAGAAGAUCUUGA